AUGUUCACCGCGAAGAAGCUUCCGGCCGCAGCAUCCACAGUGAAGGUGGUCGUUCCUCCAACAUUAACUCCUCCUAUCUAUCUGGGUCCCAGCAUCAGUCCUUCUGAUGUCCAAGACAAACUCUCAAUCAACCGGCGACUCAAGCAAACGAUUGAAGAGGCAAGGGAGCGCAGUACACUAAUUAAACGGGACAUCUCUAACCUUGAAGCCACCUUGCGAGAUCUCUCGGCUUUUGCACCGUCUCGUUCACCUGGGUUCGAGCUUGAACUACCGAACGUCUGGCCAACUCCCCAGUGCUCCUACAAGCGAAGCAUUUGGGCACUCACGCCCGCCGAGGUCCACUACAACGGAAACCACUUGCUAAUACCUCCCCUCCCGCCACUGGUACGGUACAAGAUCGUACCCGCUCAGCGAUCAUCAGGGCCAGGACCGUGCGUCGCCCCACACAGCGCAAGUACUGUCCAGAAGCAUGUGUCCGGAGCUCCGACAAGAUCACCACGAGUUUCUAUGAGUCCGCAAGUGUUUGCUCCCCGAGUUGAUCUGUCGCCGAUGCUCUUUCGAACCCAACCCCAACCGAUUUCCACACCGGGUGUGACGUUCGAAGAGAAUGUGGCCAUGCGCUCACCUCGAACCCCGCUAGCGACCCUACGCCACGAAGUUCGAGUCCUUCCCAGUCAAACGACCGCCCCGGUUGUAUCAAGAACAGGAAAGUAUAUUAUACCUCCCCGUAGACACAAUCCCCAAGUGGAGCCAACCGCAGAGCCUGGGAAACCUUGUUCGCUACUAGUAUCAUCUCAGUCUCAGAACGCAGUGCGUCGUUCUGGUGCACAGUCCAGGGAUUCUCCCGCACCAGCAUCAACCGCAGUGCAAACCACGGGAAUGACGACCGCUUUGCUCCUCAAACGAGACUAUUUGAAGGACAGGUUGCUCGAGGACUGUCAGAGCUUGAAAAACCCUAGACUGAACGAUCCUGCAUCCCGCAAAUAUUAUUCGCUCUACAUCGGACGGCUUCCCAAGGGAAUCCGACUGACGGUGCGUGGAGUACCUAUAUACAACGAUGUGGUGGGGUGGCGAGCCUUUGUAUAUCUUCGACCGUCGGCAGGGCUACGCAUCGAAGAUUCGGGUGCUCCGCCACACACUCUGUUUCUAGAGGGAUUUAUAACCCUAUUCUCAACGGCUGAUGCAUACCUCGCUAUCUGUAAGUGCCUCCGUCUCAAGUGCAAUCAAACUGGAGUGCUGUCGAGCUACAAGGGACCACUUGUGGAAGAGAAUAUGAUUGAAGAGAUAGCAGAGCAUCUCAACAACUGUGGUGCUACUGUCUCGUUUGCUUUGCAGUAUAUACGCCCUUUUGUGAUGGAGCUGAAGAGACAGCGAGGCAUUGAGCAGGGUUAUUAA